AUGCAUUGCAAAGCUCACCAGAAGGAGGACCAGGAUGUAACCAAGGGCAACGCUAGAGCAGACAGGGAAGCCAAGCGUGCUGCUACCCUGAAAUCACCAACAGAGGAGAAUGCCCAAAUGCAUGCCCUCAUUCCAUCAUGCCUGCUCCUGAACAGUAACUCCACUUCCUGCAGGAAAAUCCACACAGGGGAGAGGCCCUACAAAUGCAGUGAGUGUGGGAAAACCUUCAAUCGCAGCUCAAACCUUAUUAGGCAUCAAACAGUUCACAGAAGAGAGAGUCCCUAUGAAUGCUGUGAAUGUGGGAAAACCUUCAAUCGCAGCUCCCACCUUAUUAGUCAUCAAACAAUCCACAGAGGAGAGAGGCCCUAUGAAUGCAGUGAGUGUGGGAAAAACUUCACUCACAGAUCAGCUCUUUCUGUUCAUCGGAGAAUCCACACAGGGGAGUGGCCCUAUGAAUGCCGUGAGUGUAGGAAAAGCUUCACUCACAGAUCAGCCCUUUCUAGACAUCAGAGGAUCCACACAGGGGAAAGACCCUACAAAUGCAGUGAGUGUGGAAAAUGCUUCACUAACAGCUCAACCCUUUCUGAACAUCAGAGAAUCCACACAGGGGAGAGGCCCUUUGAUUGCAGUGAGUAUGGGAACACCUUCAAUCGCAGUUCACACCUUAUUAGGCAUCAGAGAAUCCACACAGGGGAGAGGCCCUACAAAUGCAGUGAGUGUGGGAAAACCUUCAAUCGCAGCUCAAACCUUAUUAGGCAUCAAACAGUUCACAGAAGAGAGAUUCCCUAUGAAUGCUGUGAAUGUGGGAAAACCUUCAAUCGCAGCUCCCACCUUAUUAGUCAUCAAACAAUCCACAGAGGAGAGAGGCCCUAUGAAUGCAGUGAGUGUGGGAAAAACUUCACUCACAGAUCAGCUCUUUCUGUUCAUCGGAGAAUCCACACA